CACACAUAACAUUGUGGAAUAUCCUUGGAGCACACUUGCACGCAUACACCGGUUCCCUUUCCCCGGGGCAUCUAUCUAUCUACCCGAAUCCUCGACUGCAAAAGGGAAGAGAGCCGCCUAGGUUCACGCGAACCCCGUCCUCGCGUAUCGUGUCGUGGCCUGGGUGACUUACCCUAUGUACCUGGCUUUUAGGAAAGCUCUGUCGACAACACCUUCGUCUGUCGUUUCCCUGCUCUCGCUUGUUUCCGGUCACUGCCUCCUCCCAGUCGUUGCUAUCUCCUCAGAGCGUGACUGCCACUGGCUGAGCCUUUUCUGGGACGAACAACAAGAGCCACCUGAUCAACCACAACUGGGUUCGAUGGUCUGCUGGGGAUCGACGCUACCAUUACCGGUUCUGGUCCUUAUCCGCGCCGUCCUUCCCUCUGAUGGUCGCCCUCCCUGCAUUGCACCUCUAGAUUCAUUCGAGCGCUCUCGAGAAGGAACGGCAAUGAGUAAAGUCUUCUAGGAUUUGUCGACCACCCAUCUGGAGCUGAAUCUCCCCUCUGCUUCUGUCUCGCCUCGGCCAAAAAUCGACAACACCUCGGACUUCCAUCACAUCAAACAUCUACUACUCACCUAAGUUGCUUCUCCUUCCCAACGACAAGUUGUCCGCGCGGCGCCGCCAAACAUCCUCGGUGCCCCUCCUCCGAGUCGUUACCUAUAUUUGCGCCACCCCCGAUCCCGCGCCCUGCACAUCUUCUUACGAGCCAGCCGCCGCACUCUUCGGCCACGGGAGGCUUGACGUAUCUAAACGCCCCCUCGCUGACUGUCCGUGACAAUGACUUCGUCAGCCGCGCCGCCAGCCGAUGACUCUCAACGUCCCUUGGCAGAAUCCAUCGCCGCCGCGACCCGGUCCGUCCACGCGAAGCUUAACAGGUUGAUCAUUGCCCGUCUGCCUCUGGCGACCCCUCCCCAUGCCGCCGACCCGUCUAUCUACGUUUCCGGUUUGCUUCACAUUACGCCAGUGUAUGCCACCUUCGAAUCACUAUGGAGGACCAUCGCCGAAUCACCUCAGCCUUCUGUAACUGGAGUGCAAAGAGACGACUGGCUAGACCUCGCUUCGCCUGAAUCAAACGCUUCAUUGAAACACCCAGCUCUUCUUUGUGAGCGGACACGUUCCAUCUUAACGGCGCUGUACUUGCCGGGACUCAUGCGCUCUGACCGGCUGCGCUCCGACAUUGGAGCCCUUACAGGAUGGUCUCCUAAGGUUGUCGAGGAGCAACUGAAAGCUGUCGCGGAAGCAGGACGACUGGCUGAGUUUACGCACCACGUGAAGCGCACCAUCGAGAAGAAGCCGCACGUCUUGAUGGCAUACUCUUACAUCCUUUUCAUGGCCCUUUUUGCUGGGGGAAGGUUCAUCAGGGCGGUUCUGGAGUCUGCAGGCCCGGAAUUCUGGGGUCAAGUGCCAGCACCGAUUCCGCCCUCUCAGAAAAGUUGUCAAGCACACGACCCGUUGACGGCUGUACCGUCAUCCGCCGCCAUGGGACCAGUGGACCUGAUGAGGGGCGAUCAUAGAACGAUUCGUGUCGGCACAAAGCACUCUCGUCAUUCCCUCCCACUUGGCUUUUUCCAUUUCGCGACUGUUCUGGACGGCGAGGAUCUGAAAGCGGAGUUUAAGAAGCGGUUGUCGGAAUCCGAAAGUCUGUUGACCCCUCAGGAGAGGAACGAUAUUAUCCAGGAGGCGGUAUGUAUCUUCGACAACAUGCUGCUCCUUGUCGGGCAACUGGACGACGUCUGCGAAACCAACCUUGAAGAUGGGUCAGCUGCGCCGCCUUGGGCAUCUUUGAUGUCUGGUUGUCGUCUGCGCGACAGCUUGGCGGUCGCUCGAGAAAGGAAGAGGGGAAAAACGGCUUUGACAGAACCCGAAGCCAGCGAGAGAUCGAGUUCAAUUAUUUGCAAGCACGCAAGGCAAAAGACUCCUGAAACCGCAGACACACAAGGUCUGAAUGACUUGGAGAAACAGCCACCCGCAUAUUGUCCGGCAUCCAAGUCUGUAAGAUUCGGGCCGAAGCUGCCGGUGCCGCACCGAAAGGAGGAUAGCAAGACACGUCCGACCGUUGGCACGACUGAUGUCGCGGCGUCCCAGCAGCGGCUGCUGCCUUGCUCUUCCAUGUAUUUGAUAUCCAACAUCAUUCUCGUGGUUGGCCUUGCAGUGGUUGUCAGCAUGGUUUUCUUUUCUAGAAGGUUGGUGGACAAAAAUCGGACGAUAGAGGAAGAGUGGUAGAUGAGAUGGAGGAUUGGGUCUGCAUCAUGAGGCAUAGAGUGACGAGCUUGGCGUUCCGGGGUGUAUUCUUUUUUGCCCCUAUUCAGGAUACCACAUGGGAUAGAUAUACGAUACCCCCUUAUUUAGGUCCCCCCCCAACCGUGUUUUUCUCUUUCCCGAUUUCUUCUACUUUUCCUACCGUGCUAUGAC